GUGCAUGUGAUUGUGUGACUAGUUUCACCUGCUGCAUUCCCACGAGUGCGCACAGACACACACAAACACACCCACACGGUUUUAUUGCCAGUGAAAACACACUAAACACACAAAAGACACAUUCAAAGGUUCCUGUCACUCUGGAGUUAUUCAUCCACCAACAUGACUGGAAGAGCUGUUUUCCUGGGACUCCUGCUUAUGUGUUUGGCUGCAGAUGCAGAGGAGAUGUCAGGACUCAUGAGAAAGCCUUUGUGUCCUGGCAUGGAGGAAAUUAUGGCGUGCCCUCUGAUCCUCGCUCCUGUGUGUGGCAGUGAUGGAGAGACUUAUGCCAACGAGUGUAUUCUGUGUAUCCAGGAACGAGCAACCAAGAUGGACAUUUUGAUCAUCAAAGACGAGCCGUGCUGAUCUGCACCGGAGGCGACGUCACCAGUGACUUAUCAGGAUCUGAACAUGUGGCCAUACCUGGAUCCAAACUGUCCUAAAUAAUAUUCACUGAGCAAUAAAAAUGUGAUUCAGCAGUC